AGAUUCCAAACUUCAGUUCCCUUCGUUUUCACGGUAAAUCAGCGAGAGCAUAAUUCUUUCCAAAAAUACCACGGCGAAUGGAGUAUUGUCUUGAAAUUCUGAUUACAGAUCCACCACAUGAACCGAAUGAACGUCGAUGCUUUAUUAGCAAGGGGAAGAUGAACGGAAGAUGACAAUAAACACAAUACCGUGCAAAGUGGCGAAAAUUCAAGAUUUUACAUAGAUUGUCCAGCUUAUCAAUAAUUAAAAAAGACCAACGAAGAAAAUAGCUCCACGCUUGCUGUUACUAGUAUUUUCUAGGUUUUCCCAUCAAAAAAAAAUAAAAAUCGACCAUAAAAAAGUCUCCAUUUUUAUUACCUUACGUUUGAUCACCCAACCGAGUUACCGAUUCAUUCAGUCCCUUGAACUUCUUUACCCAUUCAAUUCUCCAUCCCUACAUAUCCUUGUUCGGAAAGUACACUUUAGUACAUUUCCAAACACCAUCAAAUCUACUUAUAAGUUCAACCACUCCUCCAUCAAGAUCUUUCUUUUCUUCCUUCCCUCACGCUCUCUUCCCCCCCAAUAUCAUCGACGUUCUUUCAAAAUGGCUUCGAACGCGUCGCAACCUUCGAGCAUGGCGAAGACUUCUGAGCCAAAUCGCAACAAGAAGUAUGACCCAAAGAAGCCUCAUAUCACCGAGGAGCCAAUUACCAAGGCAAACUGGUACAAGCACGUUAACUGGCUUAACGUCACUCUCAUUGUCGGAGUUCCCAUUUAUGGUCUCAUCAUGGCCUACUGGACUCCUUUGCAGUGGAAGACUGCUGUCUGGGCUGUCCUUUACUACUUCAUGACUGGGUUGGGUAUCACAGCUGGUUACCACAGACUUUGGGCACAUUCCUCAUACUCUGCCACACUUCCAUUAAAGAUUUUCCUCGCAGCCGUUGGAGGUGGAGCCGUCCAAGGUUCCAUCAGAUGGUGGUCAAGAGAUCACAGAGCUCAUCACAGAUACACCGAUACCGAUAAAGAUCCAUACUCCGUACGAAAAGGUAUCCUAUACUCUCACUUUGGAUGGAUGGUCAUGAAGCAAAACCCAAAGCGUAUUGGCCGUACCGAUAUCUCCGAUUUGAACGAUGACCCAGUUGUUGUUUGGCAACAUCGCAACUACAUCAAGACUGUUAUCUUUAUGGGUAUGAUCUUCCCAUGUCUCGUCACCGGUCUUGCAUGGGGUGACUGGUUCGGUGGUUUCAUCUAUGCCGGUAUCCUCAGAAUCUUUUUCGUUCAACAAGCUACUUUCUCUGUCAACUCCUUGGCUCAUUGGCUCGGUGACCAACCUUUCGAUGAUCGCAAUUCUCCUCGUGAUCACGUCAUCACUGCUCUCGCUACUCUCGGAGAAGGUUACCACAACUUCCAUCACGAAUUCCCAUCUGAUUACCGUAACGCUAUCGAAUGGCAUCAAUAUGACCCAACCAAAUGGUCCAUCUGGAUGUGGAAGCAACUCGGUCUCGCCUACGAUCUUAAGCAAUUCAAGUCCAACGAAAUUGAGAAGGGCCGUCUCCAACAACUCCAAAAGAAACUCGACCAAAAGAGACAAACUCUUGACUGGGGUAUUCCUCUUGAACAAUUGCCAGUCAUCGACUGGGACACUUACCAAACCGAAGCCAAGAAUGGACGUGCUCUCGUUGCUGUCGCUGGUGUUAUUCACGAUGUCACCGAUUUCGUAAAGGAACAUCCAGGUGGAAAGGCACUUAUCACAUCCGGUAUUGGCAAAGAUGCAACUGCUAUUUUCAAUGGCGGUGUCUACAAUCAUUCCAACGCUGCCCACAAUCUUCUCUCAACCAUGCGUGUAGGUGUCCUACGUGGUGGAUGUGAAGUUGAGAUCUGGAAGCGUGCUCAACGUGAGAACAAGGAUAUUUCUUUUGUCAGUGAUACCGCUGGUCAAAAGAUCAUCCGAGCUGGUAGUCAGGUAACCCGCAUUGCGGAACCUGUUCCAUCAGCAGAUGCUGCAUAAGCAUUUUCAUUAAUGAGUGGAUGAUCCGAAUGCCUUCAAUUGAAUGGCAAAAUUAAAAAUUGCAUCUUUGUUUUUAACAAGCGUGGGUUAGUGUGUCGUUUUAGACUGGGGCGUUGGUAAUACUGGUCAACAUGGUGAUUUUAAUAUUAAAGUCAAGGAACGGAUGGUGGGAUGGGUUACUUUUUUCUAAACUGAGCAAAGAUGAUAAGUGGUUCAGAUUAUGUAUCUUAGACAAGCGUGAAGAGAGGAAAAACUUUACAUUUUGGAAGGGGAUGAUGAGAUGGCUCAUAAAUAUUUGGGUCAAUAGAAUCAAAACUGUUACUUUCA